AUGACAGGUCCAGCAUCAAAUAACGACUACUAUACCCACGUCCAGAAUAACCCAUACUCAAGGAACACACAACAAAGUCCCAACUUUGUGUCCACCCCCUCAUACCACCACUACGUCGAGCAGCAGCGUGCUCGUGAGAGCCACUUGCAACCAGUGAUUUCCGAACAAUCCGACACAACAAACACCUGUGUCGAGUACAACUCUGACGACUCAUCUAUGGAUGGCUUUGAGACGGCUCCACGCAAGUCAAAGAAGGUUCGGGACCAGAAGAAAUCCAUGAGACACCUGCAAAAAAGACAAGUGGUGCAAGUCGAGCGCUUGUCCAGUGUUGGUUCAAAUGGAUCCACUGAUUCCACCGAAGAGUUGAAGAAUGAAAAGCGUAUGUUCAGCUUCCUUUUCAGUCGUAACGUUCCUCCUGUGCCUUCCGAGGACGAGAGGAAAUAUUACCCAUGGAAGACCACAAACUUAAUCAACAGAGGUGUUUUCUACUGGCUUUGGCCCAUCUUGGUCAAAGGGUACAAGAGAACAUUGAAGCCUGCGGACUUGUGGCGUUUGCCCGAGAACUUGACCGUGGAAGACAUGCACAAAAAAUAUAGAGCACAUCUUGACAAAAUCUUGAACAAGAGGAGGUCCAAAUACUUGAAGAAACAUCCUAAUCUUGAAGGUUUCCAAUGGCCCAUGUGGGCUGUGCCCUUGGCAUUGUUCUACACGUUCAAGUUGCAAUACAGUAUGUCAUGCUUCUUUUUGGCUCUCUCUUUCGUGUGCCAGGCAUGCUCUCCAUUGAUUACCAAAAAAUUAAUCGAUUUCGUUCAGUCGAGUUACGAGGACAGAUUCUUUGGAUUAGAUGUAUCGUACAAUACCGGUAUUGGAUACACCGUGGGAGCUGUGGUUCUUAUUUUCAUCAACGGUUUAUUGUUAAACCAUUUCUUCCACAACGCUAUGGUGGCUGGUGCAGCCGUUAAGCUGAUCUUGACCAAGGAUAUCUUGUUAAAAAGUUUUACCAUGCUGGCCAAGGAGAAACACAAGUUCUCCGUGGGCCGUGUCACCUCAUUGAUGAGCACAGAUUUGCUGAGAAUCGACUUGGCGGUGGGUUUCCAGCCCUUGGUGAUCUGCUUUCCUAUUCCCGUGGUGAUUGCCAUCGUCUUAUUAUUGCAUAACAUUGGUGUCACCUCGUUGGCUGGAAUUGGCUUGUUUGUCGUUUCGCUUAUUGUCUGUGUACUCUUGACCUCCAAGUUGUUCUUUACCAGAGAAACCGUGGUCAAAUUUACCGACAAGAGAAUUAGUCUUAUGAGAGAGGUGCUCAACAACUUGAAAGUCAUCAAGUUCUACGCCUGGGAGAUGGCUUACAAGGCCAACAUCACCAAGGUUAGAGAACGUGAAAUGAGAUACUUGUUCACCAUUAAGGUGUUGAGAAACUUCAUCACUGCCUACGCUGUCACCUUGCCAACCUUGACUUCCAUGGUGUCUUUCGUGACCAUGUGGUCCACCAACAAUAUGAAGGCUCCUAGCGAAGUGUUUUCUUCCUUGUCUUUGUUCUCGAUUUUGGCUCAGGCCAUUAUGCUUUUGCCUAUUGCUUUGGCUACUGGAGCAGAUGCUAUGAUCGGCUUCAGAAGACUCAAGGACUUCUUGGGAUCCGCGGAGUACGAUGAAGAAUUGGACAGAAAAUUGGCCAAGGGCGAGUUGUACAUUGGUGGAGAGGAACUGCUGGUUGAUUUUGAGUUCACUAACUACGACACCAUGUCCAUGAACAGCGACACUUACAUUUCCAGAGAAAAAUAUGCUCUGUCUGUUGUUGUGGAGGUUUCCCACGCUGACUUCAUGUGGGAACAAUUUCAUGACGACCAGGACGAUGAGAACUCCAUUUGGGAAGAUACAGCUAGCAUGAAAGCCACUAAGCUGGUUGAGAAGAAUAGGAACUCCGAAGCCUAUACUCCCAAGAUCUCUUUUGAAUCCACUUCCUCUAUGAAGCAGACCGCAUUCCCCGGUCUUCUUGACAUCAACUUGACAGUCAACGCUGGAGAGUUCGUGGUAAUUACAGGAGUAAUUGGCUCCGGUAAGUCCUCGUUACUUAAUGCCCUUGCUGGGUUCAUGAAGAUGACAAACCCAGAAGUGGGACGCUUGCAGGUUAACUGUGACUUGUUGCUCUGUGGUCAGCCAUGGAUUCAGAACACCACGGUUCGUGAAAACAUUUUGUUUGGCAAACCUAUGGAUAGAAGUCGCUACGACAUGAUCUUAAGAGCAUGCUCCUUGGUGGAUGACUUGAACGAAUUGACCUACGGCGACCAGACCGAAAUUGGUGAGAGAGGUAUCACUCUUUCAGGAGGCCAGAAGGCCAGAAUCAAUUUGGCCCGUGCCGUCUACAAUGGUGCAGACUGUUUGCUCUUCGACGAUGUCCUCUCUGCUGUGGACGCCAGAGUUGGUAAGCACAUCACUACCUACUUGUUCCAAGGUCUUUUGAGAAACCACACUAGAAUUUUGGCCACUCACCAGCUCUCAUUGGUUCAGUCAGCUGACAAGAUUGUUUUCUUGAACGGUGAUGGAUCCAUUGACGUUGGUUCGUUGUCUGAACUCGCUAGCAGAAACGCGGGCUUCAGAAAGUUAAUUGAGUUCAGCCACGAGUCUACCAAACAGCAAGAAGAGGAGGAGAUCAAGGCUUCUUCCAUUAACUAUUCUAACGAUGACAUCAAGUCCAACAAUGUUUGUCUCUUGCCAACUUCUGGAAACAUGUCUCCUAAUGAUGACCCAUAUGAUGAAGAGAAGAAGUUGAUGAGACAGCAGUCUGUUCUUCCAGAGAACAGUGCUUCUGGCGAUUUAAUUGGUAAGACCAUCGAGGAGGAAUCAAUGGGUGUCAACCGCAUCUCUUGGAAUGUCUACAAGAACUAUAUCAACCUUGGAUCAGGUAUCUUCGGUAUCACUGUUGGCCCAGUGUUCUUGCUUCUUGUUGCAUUGGCUACCUUCUGCCAAUUGUUCACCAACACCUGGUUGUCCUUCUGGAUGGAGAAGAAGUUCAAGCACUUGCUGGACAGAUUUUAUGUCGCCUUCUAUGUUAUGUUCGCUGUGUUGACCGUGUUCUUCACUGGUAUUCAGUUCACCAUGUUGGCAUACAUGAACAACCGUUCUGCUGAGAUCUUGAACCUUAAGGCCGUUGACAAAGUGUUACAUGCACCUAUGAGUUUCAUGGAUACCAACCCAUUGGGUAGAGUACUCAACCGUUUCACUAAAGACACCGACUCAUUGGACAAUGAGAUUGGUGAGCAAUUGAGAUUGUUCAUCUUUCCUCUUGCCACUAUCAUCGGUAUCAACAUCUUGUGUAUUUGCUACUUGCCCUGGUUUGCUAUUGCCGUGCCAUUUUUGGGAGGUGUGUUCAUAUUCUUGUCGGAUAUUUACUCAGGUUCGUCUCGUGAAAUCAAGCGUCUUGAGGCUGUCCAGAGAUCUGUUGUGUACAACAACUUCAACGAAACUUUGACUGGUAUGAGCACCAUCAAAGCCUACAAGUCCGAGCAGAAAUUCAUGGAGAAGAAUGACUACUUGUUGAACAGAAUGAAUGAGGCUUACUUCCUCUCCAUUGCAACCCAGAGAUGGUUGUGUGUUCACUUGGACAUGAUCGCUUCUAUCUUCGCUCUCAUCAUUUGCUUGUUGUGUAUCACUAACCAAUUCAACAUUUCGGCCUCUUCUACCGGUCUUUUGUUGAAUUACGUGAUUCAGAUUGUCGGUUUGUUGUCUUUGACUGUCCGUGCCAUGACUCAGGUAGAGAAUGAAAUGAACUCCGUGGAGAGAUUGCACUCUUACGCUUUUGACUUGCCUCAAGAGGCUGCUUACGAAAAGUCUGAGUUCAAGCCUCCUCCAGAAUGGCCAAUGGCUGGCUACAUCCAGUUCAACGAUGUUUCCAUGCGCUACAGACAGAGCUUGCCUUUGGUGUUGAAGAACUUGGACUUCGGUGUAUACCCAGGUGAAAAGGUUGGAAUCUGUGGCCGUACCGGUGCUGGUAAGUCAUCCAUCAUGACUGGCUUGUACCGUUUGAGCGAAGUUGAGUCUGGCUCAAUCACCAUUGAUGGACUCGACAUCAGCCAAAUGGGAUUGCGUGAUUUGAGAUCAAAGUUGCUGAUUAUUCCUCAAGACCCAGUCCUUUUCCAGGGUACCAUCAGAAAGAACUUGGACCCAUUUAGCCAAUUUACCGAUGAAGUGUUGUGGGACUCUUUGAGACGUUCUGGUCUUAUUGACGAAGAAGUUUUGGAAAGAGUUAAACUUACCAAGUUGACUGACAACAAUUACGACAUGCUCCACAAGUAUCACUUGGAUCAGAGCGUGGAAGAUGACGGAUGCAACUUCUCUUUGGGAGAAAAACAGCUAAUUGCAUUGGCCAGAUCGUUGGUGCGCAAUUCCAAGAUUUUGAUUUUGGAUGAAGCCACCUCGUCUGUUGACUACGAAACUGACGCUAAAAUUCAAGAAACCAUCAUUCGUGAGUUCAACCAGUGCACAAUCUUGUGCAUUGCUCACCGUUUAAAAACCAUUUUAAGUUAUGACCGAAUCUUGGUGAUGGACCAGGGAAGAAUUGUCGAAAAAGGCACUCCUUGGACAUUGUUCAGACAGAACGGUGUGUUCAAGCAAAUGUGUGAUAAAGCUCACAUCACUGCUCAGGACUUCCAUCAGUGA